UGGAAGUUGAAGAGAUCAGUUUUGAGACAAGAAGAUAAAGGGGCUUUAAUGGAGAAUGUGGUCUUGGAAAAUCUUUUCAGUGAUGAGAGAGAGGCGCGGAUUCGGGGUGCGAAUGAACUCGCUAAUCUCGGUAGUAAACAGCGGCACAAACUGGCCGAGAGAGGUAUAAUUGAACCUUUGAUUUCUAUGAUUCAUUCCCAAGAUUGUGACGCCAUUGAAGCUGCUCUCUUUGCUCUCCUCAGUCUUGCCUUUGGUAGUGAAAGGAGCAAGAGCCGGAUUGUCAAGUGUGGGGCUAUACCGGCAUUGAUAAAUCUCCUUCAAUGUCAAAACAUUUCACUGAUAGAACCGGCAGUAACAGCCUUGUUGAUCCUGUCAUCUUGCAACGCAAACAAGCUUCCAAUUGCCUCAUCUGGGGCCAUUCAGAUCUUGGUUGCAUUUCUAAAUGAGGACUAUUCCAAUGACGACAACGUUAACGACAAUAUUAGUAUUGGCAUGCAAACGAAGCUUGACGCCAUAGCCACCCUCCACAACCUCUCAACAAGCCGCGAGAUUGUCCCAUUAUUGGUUUCUUCCGGUUUAGUCUUUUCCUUGCUGCAACUCAUUCAUUGCUCAGAAAAAUCGUCGGAGUAUGUAGGCAAGGCAAUUGCACUACUCGAAGACAUUGUUUCCUUGUCAAAGGACGCGCUUCAGGAAACUGCUGGCGCACCAGGCGCGAUUCAGGCGUUGGUUGAGUCGGUUGAAGACGGGUCACUGCAGUGUAGAGAGCAUGCAGUGAGAAUCUUGCUGUUUAUAUGCAAGAGCUGUAGAGAGAAAUACAGAGGACUGAUUCUGAGGGAAGGAGUAAUGCCGGGUCUGCUUCAGUUGAGCGUGGACGGAACUUGGAAAGCUAAAAGUAUGGCUGGGGAACUGUUGUUGCUUCUGAGAGAAUGCUCUAGCUAUGGUUCGAAAAAUAAACAGUCGAAGCACAAGAUGAUAGAGCAGAUUAUGCAAGAAAUUGAUGCGGAAGAAGGGGAAGCUGUAGAUACCACAACACUGAGGCUGGUGGAGAAGAUGAUUGCAAAGCUUAGUGCAUGACACAUAAAUGAUAGGCUUCCUAAUAGCGAAAAAUAGUUCUUUUUUUUUUUUUUUUGGUUUUUGUUUAUAAAAUUGGAUUUCAGCUGACUUUUUAUAAUCUAGCCUCUUUGGAAGUCUGAUUCUAGUUUUCUGAUUGUAUUUUUUGAGUUUAACAUUACCAAUUUAUGCAUUCAACGCCAGCAAGAAACAUCAUUAUUGGAACAAAAGAGACCCGCAAAUUAUCUUUUUGUAUCUCUUCUACGUAACAAAGAACAC